AGAAGUUUUUUAUCUGAUGGAUUCAGAAGUUACGUGUUGCAGUGGAUGAAAGUACAGUGUGAUCAGGCCCUAAAAUAAAAGAAAAUCACUUCAAAUUGACCCAUGUGGCACUCGUUUAUUUGAUUCUAAAAUUUUUCUAAAUUAAUUCGUUUAAUAUACUGAAGUCCGGCGACCAUGGCGCACUGUAUGAGAGUUUUGCAUGGCCAGGGUAGCAGGACAAGGGUGGUACUCUCUGAAAUCCAACAAAGAUGUUUCAGCGUAUCUCCAUUGACCGCCGCCGCGGCCCAGGUGGCGAUGUCCAAGUUCGACAAGGUACCCUUGCCUUACGAAAAGUUGACAAAGAAUUUAGAGGUGGUUAAGAAGAGGCUAGGGAGAGAAUUGACCUUGUCUGAGAAAAUCCUAUAUUCUCACUUGGAUGACCCCAAAGGACAAGAAAUUGAACGCGGCGCAAGUUAUCUCCGCCUGCGUCCCGACCGUGUGGCCAUGCAAGACGCCACUGCACAAAUGGCAAUGUUACAAUUUAUCUCUUCCGGCCUUCCCCGUGUAGCUGUACCGUCCACCAUUCAUUGUGAUCACUUGAUCGAAGCCCAAGUCGGAGGCGAGAAGGAUUUGGCCAGGGCUAAGGACCUCAACAAAGAAGUAUACAAGUUCUUAGAGACUGCCGGAGCUAAAUAUGGAGUCGGUUUCUGGAAGCCCGGCUCUGGUAUUAUCCAUCAGAUCAUUCUGGAGAACUAUGCGUUCCCUGGUCUACUCAUGAUCGGCACAGACUCCCACACACCUAAUGGAGGUGGCCUUGGUGGAUUGUGUAUUGGUGUGGGUGGUGCUGAUGCUGUGGACGUAAUGGCCAACAUCCCGUGGGAGCUGAAGUGUCCUAAAGUUAUCGGCGUCAAAUUGACUGGUAAACUCACCGGCUGGACGAGUCCGAAAGAUGUGAUCUUGAAGGUGGCCGGCAUCCUGACUGUGAAGGGAGGUACCGGCGCCAUCGUGGAGUACCACGGGCCCGGCGUUGACCACAUCUCGUGUACGGGAAUGGCGACAAUCUGCAACAUGGGCGCUGAGAUCGGUGCUACCACUAGCGUGUUCCCGUACAACUCCCGCAUGGAAGCUUACCUUAAGUCGACCGGGCGCAAAGACAUCGCCGCCACCGCCAACUCCUACAAGCACCUGCUCACGCCCGACAACAAGGCACCCUAUGAUCAGUUGAUCGAGAUCGACCUGUCCACCCUGGAGCCCCACGUGAACGGGCCCUUCACUCCGGACCUCGCCAACCCUAUCUCGAAGCUCGGCGAAGCGGCCAAGAAGAACGACUGGCCGGUGGACAUCCGCGUCGGCCUCAUCGGGUCCUGCACCAACUCCUCCUACGAAGACAUGGGCAGAUGUGCCAGCAUCGUCAAAGAGGCGAUCAGUCACGGCCUGAAGUCUAAGAUUCCGUUCAACGUGACCCCCGGGUCGGAGCAGGUCCGCGCCACCAUCGAGAGGGACGGCAUCGCCAAGACCCUCAGGGACUUCGGAGGCACCGUGCUGGCGAACGCGUGCGGCCCGUGCAUCGGCCAGUGGGACCGCAAGGACGUGAAGAAGGGGGAGAAGAACACGAUCGUGACGUCAUACAACCGCAACUUCACCGGCAGGAACGACGCCAACCCCGCCACGCACUGCUUCGUCACCAGCCCCGAGCUCGUCACGGCGCUGUCCAUCGCCGGCCGGCUUGACUUCAACCCGCUGAAGGACGAGCUGACUGGCGCUGAUGGAAAGAAGUUCAAGUUGUCAGAUCCGUUUGCCGACGAGCUCCCCUCCAAGGGCUUCGACCCCGGACAGGACACGUACGAGCACCCGCCCGCCGACGGAUCCAAAGUGAAAGUUGACGUCUCACCGACAUCCGACCGCCUUCAACUCCUCGAGCCGUUCGACAAGUGGGACGGCAAAGACCUCACCGACCUCACGAUCCUGAUCAAGGUGAAGGGGAAGUGCACCACCGACCACAUCUCGGCGGCUGGACCCUGGCUGAAGUACAGAGGCCAUCUCGACAACAUCUCCAAUAACAUGUUUAUUACCGCAACGAACGCAGAGAACGGCGAGCUGAACAAGGUCCGCAACCAGGUGACGGGCGAGUACGGGCCGGUGCCCGCCACGGCGCGCGCGUACAAGGCGGCCGGCGUGCGCUGGUGCGUCGUCGGCGACGAGAACUACGGCGAGGGCUCGUCCCGCGAGCAUGCCGCGCUCGAACCGCGACACCUCGGCGGACGCGCCAUCAUCGUCAAGUCGUUCGCCAGAAUCCACGAGACCAACUUGAAGAAACAAGGCAUGCUGCCCCUCACGUUCGCCAACGCCGCUGACUACGACAAGAUCAAGCCUGACGAUAAAAUCUCACUCCUUGGACUGAACAGCCUCGCUCCCGGCAAGCCAGUGGACUGCGAAAUUAAGCACAAAGACGGCAGCACCGACCGCAUCAAGCUCAACCAUUCGUUGAACGACCAACAGAUCAACUGGUUCAAGGCCGGCUCGGCGCUCAACAGAAUGAAGGAAAUCGCUUCCGGAAAGUGAAACUAAAUAAAUUAGUGUUAAAACUAACGCUUGCAUUGGACCUAUCUAAAAAUUAAGGAAUUAUUAUAGCUGCAAUCUUAAACGUAUUGUUUGGGUGCGUUCCGAGUUGCCUUAAUGUGUGAAAUUGUAUUUACGCGGCUGUAUUGUAAUCGUUUUAAAGGAAUUAAAUGUAACCAGUGCAAGCGUGUCAUCGUAUAGUUCAAAUAGUACAUUAGCGCAUUUCUCAGACAAUACUUAGUCACAGCGGUGAAUCUUAUUAAAUUAUAUUAGUACAAAUAGAUGAAUUUAGUGUAAGUUGCAAUAUUUUCAUGAAUGUAUUAUUAAAAUCAUCGUAAAUGGAUUUUAUUU